AUGUAUAAACGUCAAAGCUAUUAUCACUAUCCAAUCGAGUAUUUGCAACUAUCGAUGAAGAAAGCUUGGGAAAGUUAUCUGGAAGAUGACUGCUUACUUCAACCAGAUCAAUUACAGCGUCUUAGUCAGCAUAAAUAUAAUUCAUUAGAUGCUUCAUGGCUUGACGAAUUAUGUAUGAAAAGAUUUUGGAAUUACUUGAUUGAAUUUUGUCCUUUAUGGGUUCAUCCUAAUCUCUUAUCAGUUAUUGGUCUAAUCAUUAAUUUAGUUACGGUUAUAGUUCUUGCCAUUUAUUCGUCCAAUGAACAGGCUCCUUCUUGGACUUUUCUUCUUGCUGCUGUUGGUUUAUUUCUAUAUCAAACAUUAGAUGCUUUAGAUGGCAAACAAGCUAGACGUACAAAAUGUGCGUCACCACUGGGUGAAUUGUUUGACCAUGGUUGUGAUUCUAUGACCCAGGUUUUUGUAACAUUAAAUUUGUGCUAUUCGAUGCAAUUGUGGCAAGAUCGCUAUUUAAUCUUAUUCGUUGUCGCGUUUGCUAUUGUAUUAUUUUAUUGCGCGCAUUGGAGUACUUAUUGUACUGGGCAACUUAGAUUUUCAAGGUUUGAUGUGACUGAGGCACAAAUGGCUAUUAUAUGCUUAUUAAUCGCAACAGCCGUUUUCGGUCCUGAUUUCUGGUCUCUUAAGAUUUUUGGCCUAUAUUUAAAAUAUUAUUUACUUUUCCCUUGCCUUGUCAUAUCAUUGAAGCAAAUAUUUCUUUAUAUUGGAAUUGCUUUUACAGAAGGAGCUGGUAAAAAUGGAUCGACAGUGGCGAAUUCUUCUGUCUUGUUUCCAAUUAUUCCUCUGAUAUGUGUUAUACUCCCUUUUUACUACAUAUACAGUCGAGCAGAUUCCAGCGUUUACGAUGACAAUAUUACUUUAUUUUCAUUAUGCUUUGGUGCGAUUGCUACCAAAAUGACAAAUAGGUUGAUAAUCAUUGGUUACAUGAGUCGAAGUGAAUUAAAUCUUUGGGAUUGGAUAUAUAUGGCUCCAACCGUGAUUUUGCUCAAUCAGUAUUACGGUCCUCUCGUUGAUGAACGUCUUCUUUUAAUUUUUGCCACUAUGUAUUCUUAUGCCAAUUUGCUCUUGUACUGUUUCGUUAUAUGUCGUCAAUUAUGUGAUUAUCUCAAUAUUAAUUGUUUCUCUCUAAAACCUCGUUUUCAAGCGUUGCAGUUAAAGCACAAUUAA